GUUCUAGCCCCGGUUGAGGCGCCGGAUUCUGUCCCGGUUGUUCCUCUUCCAGUCCAGCUCUUUGCUGUGGCCCGGGAGUGCAGUGGAGGAUGGCCCAAGUGCCUGGGGUACUGGAGACCAGGAGGAAGAACCUGGCUCCUGGCUUCGGAUCAGUGCAACAUGCCGGCCGUAGCGGCCAUUUGUGGGGUGAACCAACAGAAGGAAGACUUCUCUCUCUCUCUCUCUCUCUCUCUCUCACUGUCUAACUCUGCCUGUCCAAAUAAAUAAAUAACUCAAGGGGAAGUCAUAACGGGGUAUACUUGUGUGCAUGGAAAAGAUGGAUAAGUUAGUGUUACUGAUCUGCAAGCAAUGCUGGCAUCCCAUAUGGGCGCCGGUUCAAGUCCUGGCGGCUCCACUUCCGAUCCAGCUCUCUGCUGUGGCCUGGGAAAGCAGUAGAAGAUGGCCUAAGUCCACAUGGGAGACCCGAAGGAAGCUUCUGCCUCCUGGCUUUGGAUCAGUGCAGCUCCAGGCUGUUGUGGCCAUCUGGGGAGUAAACCAGCAAUGGAAGACUCUCUCUCUCUCUCUCUCUCUCUCUCUCUCUCUCUCUUUCUCUCUGCAUUUCUGUAACUCUGCCUUUCAAGUAAAUAAAUAAAUCUUUAAAAGUCUGUGUUUUGCAUGGGCGUCUGGCCUAAGUGAUUAAGAUGCCCACAUCCCACAUCAGAGUUCGUGGGUUUAUUACCGAUGACUCUGGCUCCUGACUCCAACUUUCUGCUAAUGCAGACCCUGGGAGGCUGUAGUGAUGGUUCAGGUAGUAGAGUUCCUGCCACUGUGUGGGAGACCUAGACACCAUGCUUAGAUUUUGGCUUCGGCCUGGCCCAGUCCAGGCUGCUGUUUGCGUUUGAGAGUCAACCAUCAGAUGGCAACUCUGUCCCUCUCUCUCUGCCUUUCAAACAAACAACAAAACUCAGCACUCCCUUGUGAUAAAAUCAACUUUCAGCAAGCAGGAACUUCUUGAACCUGUAAAAGGGUAUAUACAAAAUAAGAAAAAAAAGUAUCUGUUUCAGUUGCACAAAAGAGGAAGUAGGGGUUGGCAUUGUGGCACAGUAAGCUAAGUGCAACGAGGUGGGGUGCACCCCCCAUCACAGUGCCGGGAAGGAUCCUGGCUGCUCCACUUCCCAUCCAGCUCCCUGCUAAUGCGCCUGGGAAAGUAGCAGAAGAUGGCCCAAGUGCUUGGGCCCCUGCCACUCAUAUGGGAGACCUGGAUGGAGUUUUAGGAUCCUGGUUUUGGCCUGGGCCAGACCUGGGAGUUGUGGCCAUUUGUAGGGGUUAGCGGCGGUGUGUGUGUGGUCUCUCUCUGUCCCCUUUCUCUUUCACUCUCCCCUUCAAUAAGUAAAUCUUAAAGAAAACAAAAAGGAAGUAAAAUAACUGCAGGCACAGAUUUCUUAUAGGCAACUGUAAAAGAGCAGGUGCUCUGUCCAGCUCAGUCCACACAGUUCACCACCCACUCUUGUGGCAAACAGCAGGGUACGGCUCGAACUUUGGAGCCUGGCGGUCCGGGGUUUGGCUCUGGACUUCACUGCUCCUUGGCGAGCUCUUUAGCUUGUUUCCUUUCCUCUAAAAACGAGGACAAACACCCACCUGUGUGAAGAUUAGAGACAAAGUCUAUAAAGCACCCUGGGACACAGGGACUGGGCAGUGACAGCUGUGUAUUCCUUCUCACUCAGCGUGUAUUGAGGUAGGUGCUGGGGGAAUGCAAAUGCCACAGUCCACGGCCCCGCCCUCCAGGAGCCCACAGACUACUGGGAAAGGUGGCCUGAGAGCAGCUAAUCACCGCACACACGAAGGAACAGCUUGGAGGAAGCUGCACACUGCCCGAGGGGCUGGGGAGGGGGUCAGGAGAGGCUGCAGAGAAAUGACUGGGGAGGAAAGGCAUGCAGAGGAGUGGAAGAGCGAGCGUGAAGGCAGAAUCCUGAAAACCUAAGGUCUUCACUGCUGAUGAUGCUGUGACCAAGGCGUCCCAGCCGGGGCAGUCGCCGGCCCCUGCUGCCACGGUCCACCUCUCCAUGCCCUGCCCCUGCCGCCUUUGGGACCCUCUCGCUGCAGCCUGCAGACCCUCCUGCUGGAGGUGAAUGUGAUGCUGGGCCCUUGGUGCACCCCAUGACGCCCCCAGCCUAGCUCCCCUUCCCACCUGGGCAGGAUGUUGGCCAACUCCUCCGCCAACACUUCUGCCAACAGCUCGGCACCGUGCCCUGACUACCGGCCCACUCACCGCCUGCACCUGGUGGUCUACAGCCUGGUCCUGGCAGCCGGGUUCCCCCUCAACGCCCUGGCCCUCUGGGUCUUCCUGCGCGCGCUGCGCGUGCACUCGGUGGUGAGCAUAUACAUGUGCAACCUGGCCGCCAGCGACCUGCUCUUCACCCUCUCGCUGCCCGUGCGCCUCUCCUACUACGCGCUGCACUACUGGCCCUUCCCCGAUCUGCUGUGCCAGACGGCGGGCGCUAUCUUCCAGAUGAACAUGUACGGCAGCUGCAUCUUCCUAAUGCUCAUCAACGUGGACCGCUACGUCGCCAUCGUGCACCCGCUGCGGCUGCGCCACCUGCGGCGGCCCCGCGUGGCGCGCCUGCUGUGCUUGUGCGUGUGGGUGCUCAUCCUGGUGUUCGCCGUGCCCGCCGCCCGCGUGCACAGGCCUUCGCGCUGCACCUACCAGGGCCACGAGGUGCGCCUGUGCUUCGAGAGCUUCAGCGACGAGCUGUGGAAAGGCAGGCUGCUGCCGCUCGUGCUGCUGGCCGAGGCGCUGGGCUUCGGGCUGCCGCUCGUCGCCGUGGCGUGCUCGUCGGGCCGGGUCUUUUGCACGCUGGCGCGGCCCGACUCCACGCACAGCCAGCGGCGACGGAAGACCGUGCGCCUCCUGCUGGCCAACCUCGUCAUCUUCCUGCUGUGCUUCGUGCCCUACAACACCACGCUGGCCGUCUACGGGCUGUUGCGGAGCCACCUGGUGGUGGCCAGCCAGGCGGCCCGCGAUCAGGUGCGCGGGGUGCUCAUGGUGAUGGUGCUGCUGGCCGGCGCCAACUGCGUGCUGGACCCGCUGGUGUACUACUUCAGCGCCGAGGGUUUUCGCAACACCCUGCGCGGCCUGCGCACUCAGCGCGGUGCCAGGACCUUGGCCACCAACGGGGAUCGAGGGGCGCUCGCUGAACGGCCUUCAGAGAUCCACAUCACCAGGCUGGAUACCACCAGUCAGGGGCUUCUCCAGCCGUCCGGCCCCGGGGCGCCCCUCACCCAGUGUCCCCAGGAUUCAGCCCUCUGAAAGGACAAUGCAUCUUAAUGCACGCCGCCCGGCCCCCAGAGCCCUGGGUGCAGGCUGGCAGUCUGUGCACGUGGACCUGGCACUUGGACUUCCGGGUCCCAACGUCAGCUCUGGAAUGCAGAAACACGUUGGUGUGGAAGCUCAAGGGUCCCAGGAAAGGAAGAGUGCUGCUGGGGAUGGCUUCUUUCAGCAGGGGUACAGCUGAGGACCCCUUCUCCCAUUGGAGGGAAACAUAACCUUGAGCCAGGCACUGGCUAAGAGCUGGCAGGCAGGACAGAAAAUGGGGACCUCAGAGUUGGAUGGCUGGAGGGUCUGAGAGCUGAAGGGCCUCCGGGCUUUGGCACCAAGCUCCCGAGAGGUUCUUUCCUUUGCUCCGGGCCAACCCGAGGGCCAGCGUGGCCACCUGCUCUCCUUUCCACCUAGGCUUCCUGUGCUCAGCGUUGAGCAACACACCAGGGUUUGUUUAUUCGACGUGGACAGGAUCGUGUUCCCUCUUUCUUAGGGACUUGUAACAAUUUAGGCCUGACACCCUACACGGGGACUUGGGCCAGAGCUUCCCCCCAAAUCCUAGUGCCUGCUCCCUCUUCUAGGUCGUCCAUUCUGGCACCACCACCCUUUCAGGGCGUCUCAACUCUGGGUUCUUAAUUUUCUCUCUCUUCUUCUCCACCUGCUUUGUCCAGAGUAAGGAGAAUUUUUUUUUUGUACUAAAGCAUCAGAACUCAAAAUUUUUAGUCUCAGACCCUUUUCACCGUCUUAAAACUGAGAAUCCCAGAUAGCUUUCGCUUAUUCUUUGUUCUUUGAGUACUUAGCCAUAUUAGAUGUGAAACAGGUACUUAGAACACAGAAAUACACAAACGCACGUUCCAAUAACUGUGAGAGCGACAGUGCCAUCGCACCUCGUGAGGCCUCUGGAGGCUCCACUUGUGAGGAGUGAGGAUGAAGGGACACGGGAUCUGGUGACCUCAGGGGCUUCAUCAAGGAGUUGGUCUCUGGAUUAUGCUUUGAGAACCGCUUGCCUUAGUGUUCGAGUUCAUGUCCAACUUCUCCCAGGCCAUUGCAGACAUUUGCAGUCUUCAUUUGUGCGGGCAGAGGGCAGUGCUCAGCAAAGUGAGUGCUAAUCAGAGGCCCUAAGGCCUGGGGUUUCCUGAGAGCUGCUGGGGCUGGCACCCCCAGUGGAACACUACCUAUGAGCCCUGGGACAGGGUGAAGCUAGGAGGGGAGGGAGGGGGCCUCUCUGCCACAGCCAGGAGACAGCUCACAGGGAAGUAAGGGGGAGACACGACGGGAGCACAGGAACCGCUGGGCUGUUCUUGGCGAGCUGGAGGCGAGGGAACCGGGCCAUCUACUGUUUCCUUUUCUCCUCACCCAAGUGGGGCGCUGGGAGGGGCUGUAGAGCUGCUGCUUCAACACCUUCAGAUUCUGACGGUGGCGAGGGCACUUGUUGCUGCACACCGGUCCUGUAUGCAUUUCUGUUCCUGUCUCUCAAUGCUGUGUGCUUUUCCUCUCUGUGUGUUUUAGUUCAGAAUAAGCCUUUUGUGUGUGUGUGUGUGUGUGUGUGUGUGUGCACGCGCACGCGCGCGCCUGUGUGUUUCUGGGAGUGCCACAGUUGGAGAUUUACUGGGGUAAAAUGACCCCUGGUGGCCAAACCCAGGAACUGACCCAGAUUCCUCAGACGGUAACCUCCCAGCUGGGUCCUUUCUCACCUGGGUGGAAGUUAGACGCCUGAGCCAGGCCCUUAACUCGCCCUGCACUAGAAAGAGGCCUGAUGAGUCGCACCUGCUCCAUCCUGCUUCAUCCUCAGGGGUCAAGACUAGUGCUCUUUCUACCCUGAGAACACCAAUAGUUUCAGAUCUCAUUGUGGUCCCAACUCUCAGCACUUUGCCCUAUCCAAACUGAACUGAACACAAUUUUCCACAAUUACUCGAGUACUCUUAUGUGCAGGUUACACGAGUGAAUUCCAAAGUAACUCAAACUCACCACACGUGUCACCUUCUAACAUACCACGUAAUGUACUUAUUUAUUUAUUUCCCCUUUCACAGCUUCUCGCCUGUCUCCUCCCACCCAUCUCCCUAGGUAGAAUGUGAGCUCCGUGGGGGCAGAAUGUUUGUGUUUCGGUUUUCUGAUGAGAUCCCCUCCCAGACCCCUGCCCCCUAACACCUAGAACAGUGCCUGGCACAGAGGAAGUGCUCAAUAAAUAUUUGUUGCAUGAAUGGACA